AUGGUCAACAAUUAUACAUUUAAUUUACAUGCAACAAUUAUUAUUAUAUUUAUUAUUUAUUAUUAUUAAUAAUAAUUUUAUUCAUAUGAAUAUUCAUUAUCCAACACUUUCUUUGUACAUAUUGGUGGAUCAGCUUUUCAUUUUAUAUUUAUUAUUAUUAUUUUAACAAACCCAAUAAGGUUCUUGUUCAAACCCUAAACUAUCACAAAUCUUGAACUUGCAAGAUCGACUCUUUUUCAAUAUUUUUUUGUUUUUUGCCAAGAAUUCAAAAGGGGUUUCUGAUAAUUGAAUUUCUGAGGUUAUUAAGAACUAGCCGAUUAAGGGGUUGAGGUUGCAUUGUAAGAAGACGUCUUUGCUCUUGGAAAAUACACUGAGGAAUAUUAGUAAAAAUGAUUUCGAGAUCGUAUACCAACCUUUUGGAUUUGGCAUCCGGGAAUUUUCCGACAAUGGGAAGAGAUAGGGAUCGGAGGCGGAUGCCACGGGUGAUGACACUACCUGGGAGUAUAUGUGAGAUGGAUGAUGAUCAGGCUCAUAGUGUUUCAUCUGAGAAUCCAUCUUCACUAGCCGGUGAUCGGAUGAUUGUAGUGGCAAAUCUGUUGCCCCUGAAAGCAAAAAGGAGACCAGACAAUAAAGGCUGGAGCUUUAAUUGGAAUGAGGACUCGUUAAUUUUGAGAAUUAGGGAUGGUUUGCCUGAAGACGUGGAAGUGAUAUAUGUUGGGUCGUUAUGUGUUGAUAUUGAUCCUAUUGAACAGGAUGAUGUAUCUAGUUAUCUGUUGGAAAAGUUUAGAUGUGUUCCUGCAUUUCUUCCACCAAAUAUUGUGGAAAAAUAUUAUGAGGGUUUCUGUAAGAGGCAUUUGUGGCCACUUUUUCAUUACAUGUUGCCAUUUUCACCUGAUCACGGAGGCCGGUUUGAUCGCUCUAUGUGGGAAGCAUAUGUAUCUGCCAACAAGUUGUUUUCACAGAAAGUAGUUGAGGUUCUUAAUCCCGAGGACGACUUUGUUUGGAUUCAUGAUUAUCAUUUGAUGGUGUUGCCUACAUUCUUAAGGAGGCGGUUCAAUCGUUUGAGGAUGGGUUUUUUCCUUCACAGUCCGUUUCCUUCCUCUGAGAUUUACAGGACUCUUCCUGUUAGAGAGGAAAUACUCAAGGCUUUGCUCUGUGCUGACAUUAUUGGAUUCCACACCUUCGACUAUGCACGACACUUCCUCUCUUGUUGCAGUCGGAUGUUAGGCAUAGAGUAUCAGUCUAAAAGAGGUUAUAUAGGGUUAGAAUACUAUGGAAGGACAGUCGGCAUCAAGAUUAUGCCUGUUGGAAUACAUAUGGGUCACAUUGAGAACAUGAAGAAAGUUGCAGCGAAAGAGUUAAAGCUUAAGGAACUAAAGCAGCAAUUUGAAGGAAAAACUGUGUUGCUUGGUUUCGACGAUCUGGAUAUUUUCAAAGGUAUUAAUUUAAAGCUUCUAGCUAUGGAACACAUGCUCAAAAUGCACCCCAAGUGGCAGGGGCAAGCUGUUUUGGUCCAGAUUGCGAAUCCUACAAGGGGUAAAGGAAUAGAUUUAAAGGAAAUACAGGCGGAGAUACUGGAAAGCUGUAAGAGAAUCAAUAAGCAGUUUGGUAAGCCUGGAUAUGAACCUGUAGUUUACAUCGAUAGGCCUAUAUCAAGCAGUGAACGCAUGGCUUAUUACAGUAUUGCAGAAUGUGUUGUUGUCACAGCUGUGAGGGACGGGAUGAACCUUACUCCUUAUGAGUACAUUGCUUGUAGACAGGGCAUGUCUGGCUCAGAAGCUGAUUCAGAUGUGGAUGGGCCUAAGAAGAGCAUGUUAGUUGUAUCUGAAUUCAUUGGGUGUUCACCUUCAUUGAGUGGGGCAAUCCGCGUCAACCCGUGGAAUGUUGAAGCAACUGCUGAAGCAAUGAAUGAGGCUAUAUCUAUGGCUGAACCAGAGAAGGAGCUACGACAUGAAAAGCAUUAUCGUUAUGUUAGCACUCAUGAUGUUGGUUAUUGGGCAAGAAGCUUCUUGCAGGAUAUGGAGAGGACCUGUAUGGAUCACUUCAGAAAAAGAUGCUAUGGAAUUGGUUUGGGUUUUGGAUUCAGAGUUGUGGCCCUAGAUCCAAAUUUUAGAAAACUUUCAAUUGAUGAUAUCGAGUCAGCUUAUAUUAAAUCUAAGAGCAGGGCCAUAUUCCUGGACUAUGACGGAACUAUGAUGCCCCAGAACUCUAUCAUCAAGUCUCCAAGUGCUGAAAUUAUCUCAAUCCUGAAUAGGAUUUGUGCUGAUCAAAACAAUGCUGUCUUUAUUGUUAGUGGAAGGGGAAGAGACAGCCUGGACAAAUGGUUUUCUCCUUGUAGGAAGCUGGGUCUUGCCGCAGAACAUGGCUACUUCUUGAGAUGGUCGCAAGAUCAGGAAUGGGAAAUGUGCAGUCAGAACUCUGAUUUUGGUUGGAUGCAUCUUGCUGAACCAGUAAUGCAGUCGUAUACAGAUUCUACAGAUGGUUCUUGCAUCGAAAAAAAGGAAAGCGCUAUAGUGUGGCAGUACCGUGAUGCGGAUCCUGGCUUUGGGUUUUCGCAGGCAAAGGAGAUGCUUGAUCAUCUAGAGAGUGUGUUAGCAAAUGAACCCGUCGCUGUUAAAAGCGGGCAGUUCAUUGUUGAAGUCAAACCUCAGGGGGUCAGUAAAGGUUUAGUUGCAGAAAAGAUCUUCACAUCUUUAGCAGAGAGAGGAAAAAUGGCAGAUUUUGUGCUUUGCAUUGGUGACGAUCGAUCUGAUGAGGAUAUGUUUGAGAUCAUAGAUGAUGCUUUAUCCAGAAAUAUUCUUUCUUAUGAUACGAAAGUAUUUGCCUGCACGGUGGGACAAAAACCGAGCAAGGCUAAAUAUUAUUUGGACGACACUUCAGAGGUUAGAUUCAUGCUUGAGUCUCUUGCUGAAGCAACUAUUACUCCAUAUACUUCCGAUGAAGAAGCAGCGGACUCGGCUUGAAUAUAAGCUGAUAAAUGCUUUGGUUUGUUUCAUUCCCUUCCUACUGCAUGUAUAUUCCAGGUUGGGCGAGUGACUUCAUCUCUUUGGUAGUGAGUAACUUAGUUUUAGGUUUAAGAAAAACGGAAUUACAAAUUCCGCUCAAUCAUUCUUUACUUUCAACAUUAAUCCAUUCUUUUACCCCUUCCCUGGAAGUGGAAGUACAAGUAAUCUGUGUGAGAAGCGGAGUACUGAACUUGAUCGUAGAUUGUUAGUGCGUCAUCUUAGAAAGAAAUUGUCAAAUCCUAGAGUCCCGCUGAAUAUUUAUGCAGAACUAGGAACCCCCAUUGAAGGAAGGAACCGAGACACAGUUCUACAAGAUUGACAGUGGCAGUGAGUUUUGCAGAACUAGAAGUUUUGAUCACUCCCAAAUUAUUGCUGGAAUCAAUAAAAUUCCUCAUUAUUCCGGCAGCUAACAUUUCUUACCGUGGAUAAAAGCUUUUCUGAAGGUUGUCUUGCGAAUGACUGCAUGAUACAUCGAUGGUUCACUUUUCACAAGUACCGUGGAGUUUACGUAGAUUUCAGGUUAGUCAAGUAUUCUGUCGAUGAACAUGGAGUUGGUUUGUGGUAAAUAAACAUCAACAGGUAGAUCGAGGGAAUUGACGUUUUGGCAAUCUUAUUGUACAGACUUCUUUAGUGAUAAAAAGGAUGUUUUUUAUCACCCUAUUUUCUUUUGGUUCAUUUGGAAAGCAUUGUGUUGAUACAAGUAAUGCAAUAAGUAAUAUUUUGCUCUAUAAAUAGGUAACCUUCAUUUUGUUAA